AUGCAGCAACCUUCCCUUCAAAAUGUUCGUAUACGUUCAACAAGGGAUGCCCUUCACAUAUUCCAUGCUGUUGCAAGGAACGCCCUCCCCCUUACAACACGCCGAUUGGACGCUGAGGAAAGAAGGGCUAUCUCCCCCGGAAACGUUUAUGUUUGGGAGGAACGCAGUGCAAAUUCUGAGGCUACAGGUCUUGGCAUGGAACGAUGGACGGAUGGCAUGGGUUGGGGACCGAGUAGAGUCCGCGAUGAAUUUCUCUUCUAUCAACAGAAAGAAUGCGAUGUGAACGAUGAUCCAGGUAGUUCCGGCACCCCCUGGGCACAAAUGAUUAGCAUGUACCCUUCUUCGCGUGCACGUGCUACGGGCGACUCUGAACGCUUGAUAAAGCAAACUUACAGUGUGCGUGUCUCGUUACCUGAUGAUCGCGCACGAGGUAUCACUAGGAAGUGGCACUUAACUGCCUACUUCAGCCAACAGAAGCUUGAUCGGCUUAACACAAUCGAUAAUAUACCAGGGGUCGGGGAUGUCCCGGUUCCAGACGGAUGGUUCCGAAGUGCUCGUAGAGAUGCUAAGACAAGACGAGAUGAUGAUCUACCAAAAUCUGUCGUCGCAAAGCAACUCCCACAGUUUCCCAUGGAGGGCAUACUACCCAACAUUAAUCCGGCACAAUCCGGACCUGCUACCCCAAGCCCACGCAUAAGCCCUUCCCACCUCUCCGAACAGCUAGUGCCCCUCGAAUACCUGCAAGGGCUUGCAUAUCCGAGACGCGAACCGAUUGAUGAACAAUUUCUUCAGCGUUUUUCGACACACAUCAUGCCAGGUUUUGUCUCGAAGGGCGGCGAUCGAAAUCACCCCCCUUCAAAGGGACGCUUUGCCUUACGUUCCGAAUCGAUAGGGUAUGCCUGA